AUCUAACUUUUGGUUAGAUACGGCCUUCUCCCUAAAUAGGCAAUUACAAAAAAGCUCAAAUCAACAUCGUUUAAGCAAUGCCUUCUAAGCGAGAAGAACAAGCCUCAAGGGAGCCUACGCGCUUUCUGCUCGUCGGCGUCGGCCCUCAUGCCAAACGAAUCUAUAUUCCACAUCUCAAAACUUUGGAGGGUGAUGGUCGAGCAAAGCUUGUCUGCGCCGUCGACGUUGAAGAAAAUGCGGAAGCAAUCACUGAGCACCGCAACAAGGCUUUCCCCGAGGCAGAACUCUUUUUCGUCCCUUUCUUCUCUGGAGCCAUGCCGGAAAAUGUUUCACUCUCGUUGGCAAACCUUGCUGCUCGCCUCAAAAUCGACUGUGUCAUUAUUUCGACUGAGCCGCUUGCACACAAGAGCUACGGAUUGUGGGCAAUUAGUCGUGGCCUCCAUGUUAUCAUGGACAAGCCUAUUACCGUCAGAAAGAAUGUCAUACACGACAUGGACCAAGCACUAGGAAUUGCCAAGGAUUACGAAGACUUAUUGACCGCCUACAAUGAGCUUCAGAAGCGCCAGCGUACUUUUUUCCUCGUCACCAGCCACCGCCGAUACCAUCCUGGCAUGUACUGCACGUUCGAUAUGAUUAAAGAAAUCACCGAGAAAUCCGGGUCGCCAGUCACAAAUAUCAUUUCUACGCACUGUGACGGUAUGUGGCGGCUGCCGACGGAGAUUGUUGAUCAAAAGUAUCACUCAUUCAAUAACGGAUACGGAAAAGUAUCUCACAGUGGUUACCAUUUCCUCGAUAUGGUGUACCGAUUCGUCAAAUCUGGGUGGACCGCAGAGAAGAAACCCGACAGGAUCGAAGUCGUAAGCAGUUUUGUGACACCUGCCGGGUUCCUCAAGACAUUCAACUACAAUGAUUACAUGAAAGCGUUUGGAGACAAGACAUACGGCGACUCAUGCAAGUAUACAGAUCGCUACAUCCAAACGUUGUCGCCGAAAUUUGGAGAGAUCGAUGCCGCUCUCCAGAUCUCUUUUAUACAAGAUAAUGAGCCGAUAUGCCUCGCUCAAGUCAAUCUCCAGCAUAACGGUUUCACCCGCCGUAGUUGGGUCACUCCCGGGCCGGAUCUAUACAAAGGUAUCGGCAGAGUCAAGCACGAGUUCCACGAAAUCAAGAGCGGGCCUAUGCAGACCAUUGUUAUCGACUCACGACAAGCCAAUGACAAACAUGAUCGAUCUAAGCCCAGCACUGCCACCAUCGGCACAGAUAACCACUUUGAAGUGCACGUCUUUCGCAACUGCGACCUACUUGAUGAGGAACAGCCGCUGGUGAGCUACUCAGUUGCUGACUUAGACCGGCGUUAUAACUCGCAACUCCCAGGAAUCUACUCAGAGAACGUCAAACGAGGGAUCCUGUGGGAAGCAUUGGACUUCAUUGAAGGCAAGAAGCCUUUUGAUGACUUGGCAUCAAACUUGGACGAUCAUAGCGUGCCGGCAAAUAUCAUGAGUGCUGUAUAUGCAUCGCAUAUCCAACGCAUGCGAGGUCUUAAUCCGGUAGUGAGCAUUGAAUUAACUACCCUCGUCUAA